UGCCUCCCGGGGCGGGGACUUUAUUCUCCAGACAGUUGACGUGCUCCCUCUUUUAAGCCCAUGUGCUCAAAUGAGCGCACAGAUGUUCACUGCGAAGGCGUAGCUACUCAUUAGCCGAGCAGAGCAUCCCAAGCACGACUGAAGUGCACAGACAGACGUGAAGCGGCUGCUAAAGGAGUGUGGGGUCGACCGCUGCCAGAACAGUUCCAAGUCUCUUUGACAGAACUUACCGUUCGACGGGCUGAGAAUGCAUAUCCAGAUGUAGUGCGAGUCACCGGCGGACGGUUCAAACUGCAACCGAGUCGGCACUUGUGUACAGAGCAGAAUGCUCACAAAGGAACUCAGGGAAGGACUCAGGAUAAGCAGCCCAAAUAGAAGUGAACCCUGAUCCCUGAGCCCCCAGCCUCAUGGAUGGCCAUCAUAGACCCAAUUGGAUUACAGUUGACUCUUUGGCCUCUGGAUUCUACCGCUCAUGGGAGUUUCGCUGCUGGGUACUUACGUAAUGUCACUUGGCAUUCCAGAAAAUGAGUAGCCAGUCCCCAUUUGAGGUGAAUAAGCUGUAUGUUGUGACUGAGUUGUUUAUAGCGGUCCUGGCCAUUGCAGGCAAUGUUUUGGUGUGUUGGGCGGUCUCAAUCAACAGCACCCUGAAAAAUGCCACAAACUACUUUUUAGUGUCUUUGGCUGUGGCCGAUAUUCUAGUGGGGUGCCUCGCCAUUCCCUUUGCCAUUACCAUCAGCACUGGCUUCUCCUCCGAGUUCUACAGCUGCCUGUUUCUUGCCUGUUUCGUCCUUGUCUUGACACAGAGCUCAAUUUUCAGCCUGCUUGCAGUUGCAAUUGACAGGUACCUGGCUGUCAAAAUCCCCCUCAGAUACCGGGAGCUGGUUACUGGUAAACGGGCCAGAGAAAUUAUUGCAGUCUUCUGGAUCCUCUCCUUCAUUAUUGGCCUAAUUCCAUUUCUUGGAUGGAACGGAAAAGACAAAUGUUGCAGUGGUACAAGCAAUGGAACAAACACAGCUUUGGAUGGCCAAAAUAUUUGCUUAAAUGCUUCACAUGUUAAUAAUCAUAGCUGCCAGGUCAACUGCUAUUUUGAAGUGGUGGUAGACAUGAAAUACAUGGUUUAUUUUAAUUUCUUUGGCUGUGUCCUACCACCCCUACUUAUCAUGCUGGUGAUUUAUAUUAAGAUUUUUAUGGUGGCUCGUAAGCAGUUGCGGCAGAUUGAACUGAAAUGCAUUAAUGGUGACAACUCACGUAGGCUGCUUCAAAAGGAAAUUGCUGCUGCCAAGUCCUUGUCUAUUAUCAUGGGCCUCUUUGCUGUUUGCUGGCUGCCUGUACACAUCUUGAAUUGUGUCACUUUGUUCUACAAGAAAGUGAAUGAGCCAUGGGUGAUGUUCAUGGCCAUUAUCCUUUCUCACUUCAAUUCUGUGGUCAACCCCAUUAUUUAUGCCUACCGGAUUAAGGACUUCCGCAACACGUUCCGCAAGAUAAUCUACAAAUACUUCCUGUGCCAGAAGGAUGAAGUGUUCAAAAGCACUAAUGGUAGCACACGUCACAGGGACCUGAUCACUGAAAACACUAAUACAGACCUCCUGCGAGACACAUCAAUACUGACACAUGAGUACCAUUAGGCAAUGUGUUAAUAAUAUGUAGGUUGUUUACAGACUGAAUACCAGGAGUGAACAGAGAAGAGGAGUUCUAAGUGUUUGCUGUUUUCUACUUACCUGAUAUCAAGUGAACUUAAAGUAUGUUGCACAGUAGCCCUUUGCUUCCUAAGAGCAAAUGAAGAAGGCUGUAACAGUCCAGUUCUGUUUCAGUACCUCUAAUACAGUAUGUUAGGUAUAAAUAAAAAAAAAAAAUUCUCUGUAGUCAGAAUACCUUCUUUGGAAUGUGAAUGAUCCUAUUGGUUUAUACAGUAUAACAAGCUAAGAUUUUUCUGAGAACUUUACACCAACUGUUAACAGUUGUUUUUAAAGUCUAACUACUAUGAAAGAAAAAAAUGUGCACUUGCCUUGAAGGGAAUCAAACUCUUUUUAUAAUAUUGUCUCACUGUAACCCUUAAAAGGCUCUGUGUUGAUAAUCUCAACUGUUUUUUAUAUCUGUUACUUGGAAUUUUAAUCAAAUGUAUUUUGUUUUUCCAAAAGUGUCUUAAAAUCUUAUUAUUUUCUGUGCUGCUAAGAGUCAACAGUGUUAAAAAAUAAUAACUCAUAACAGUGCAAGUCUUUUCUAUCUCCUCUUUAGCUGUCCUCUGGUAUACUUACAUAAUGGUGGAAAGUUCACUCUCAGCACACCAGCUGUGGAAACUGCACAUUGCAAUAUUGUUGCUUCCUACAAUUAAAAAUGAGGACAACGAAAAAUAUUUUCAACUACAAAAAUCAUUUAUAUAAAAAAAAAAUCUUAAAGCUCUAUUUACAAAAGCAUAUUACACUAAAAAAAAAAGAAGGGGCGUGUUUUAGGCUUUUUUAAAAAAAAAGGUCACAAAAGCAGUUUGGGUUAUCAGUCCUGGCCCUGAUGUUAUAAUGAACUCAUUUGUCAAAGAGGGUGAACUUCCUGUUUAAUUUCCAUUUACGUCAUUUAAAUCUUUGCUUUGUGGUGUACUGGCCUUAUGUCCAGGUUUAGUUCCUGCCUUGCACUAGAUGCUACCCUAUUAGGCUACAACAUUCUCCAUGACCCUAAAUUGGAAUAAGUGUGCUUGAAAAUGUUAUUUUGCUUACUAUAUUGUUUUCUUGAUAUAACUUAAAAGUAUUACACUUUAAAUACUGGUCAACCAACUGAAGAAUGUUUUCUGCUGAGAAUAAACAAAAGCUGACAGGGAAAGCAAGUAUGUCUCUGGUGAAGCAGUGAAAACGUUAGGUAACUGGCAAUGAUGAGAUUUUCCUUGUUCACUUUACCUUGCACUUAAAUAAGUUUAACACUUAGUGCAGUUCCCGUACAUCACUUUUAAAAUUUGAUAAAAUACAGCACACCACACCAAGGGACUGUUUUGUACUGAGGGGAGUGUAACCUAAUUGUGUCACUUGUUCUCAAUUUUUUAGCAAUUUCCUGAUAUGUUAAUUUCAGCAGCAGUCAGUUAGUUCCCUUUGGUUUGCUUUCAAGACAUGUCUUUGAGUUAUCAGGGAUGCAGGGGGUUUUGGAGUAUGUACUAUACUCUUUGCACUGACAGAUUAUGUUCCUUAUUAUUGAGCUUGUUAUGUUUAUUUAUUUAUUUAUCUAUUUAUUUUAAGUCUUUAAAAGUUGUAAAAAAAAUUAUAUUUUCUCUGACUUUACCUUGAGUGUGACAAAAUAACCGGUGCUGGAUCAGCAAUUUCUUAACUUCACCCACUUCGUCUUCAUUUCCUUUUCAUUUAUAAUACUCAUUCUACAUUCCGUAUAUUUAAGCGACACUUCUGAGCCAAAACUACAUUAUUUUAAUAUUUAUUAUAUUCAAAUAUUCUGAGGAAUUAAGAUAUUAAUUUAGCAAUGUAUCUAUUUAUUUAUACAGUAUGUACUGUAUGUAUUUGAACAUGUCAGUCUUCUGUGGGUCUUCUGGCACAUGUACAUUUGUUGUAUGUUUUGAUUCUGUCCUAUUUGUACCACUUUACAAGUAUUGUUAAACAGACUGUCAUAACCCAUCAAGGAAUGUGCCUAUAACUGGCAUUACAAGAUGGGUGCCCAUCUUCUUGGCCAGACUACUUGACAUUUUAUGCGUUGGGUAUAUUUACCCUCCUAGUUUUAAUGGAAACUUUGCCUAUUAUUUUUAUUUAUUUGACUAGCAGCAGUCUUUCCUAGUUAUUUUUCACCUGCCAGUUAGUCUUGACAGUCAUUUGCCUCAUUGUGCGCUUAUAAGAAUCCUUAGAAAAUUAAAUCCAGUCUCUGUUAAAAUUAAAUUAUUUUAGAUUUUUUGCAGACAUCCAGAAAGUAUAAUCUUCCUAAAUAUUUAUGUAUGGUAAGACAUAUAUGUGUGUCUUGAUAUUUUUGCAGUAAUCUUGUCCACGUGUCCCCUCUUGUUAAGGUUACAUGGAACAUGAUGCAGUUACACUGCUCAAAUGUACAAUAGGGCAAGUGUUCAAUUGAAAUAUCUAAAUUAUCUCCUAAAUGUUAAUUGUGACCAAAAAUGUACAAAUGGGCAUGUCAACCCUCAUGCAGUUACUUUUUAAAAGAAAUAAAAAUGUGCCAUGUUUUGAAAUGUUACAAUUUUUAUAGAAAUAUACAGUGUAUUACUUUUAUGUAGUCAUAUCAGAGGACUACAUUCAGUUUUGUGCCUCCUAAGCUGAAUCUACCAUAUACAGUACUUUUAUAAGCCUUCCAAUGAAACUGAAGUUGCACAUCUUUUUUUUUUAACCUCUGAGCAUAUCAAGUGUGCUCUGCCUUUAAACAUUUUCUUUGUGCACAUAAAACUUGUAUUAGGAGGAUAGAAAUUUGCACCUAGUUUUGACAAUAUACUGUAUUCAGAAAAGCACCCUAGUUAGCAGCUGCUUUUAACAGCCUGCAGUUUCCCACUUUCAAGUGAAGAAACUGACUUUGAAAAAUAAACUAAUAAAACAGUAACUUUGUUUCUCUACUACAUGUACAUAGCAUUCUGCACUUCCAGUAUUGUAAAGAGAAACAACUUUGGAUUAGCCUCUUGAUGGUCUGACCUGUGGGGAGACCCUCACAUUGAAAUUUUCCACUAUGACUGUUUGGGAGUGAGUGGCAAAAAAAAAGAUUCCUGACAGAGUUGGUACUUUGAAUACAUUCACAUAAUUGGAUAUUGUUAACUAUGUCCAAUUUAGGGUGGAGUAUAGCCUGUUGUUUUGUGUAUAUUCUAUACAGUCAUUGUAUUUGGGUUAAUCAGCGGUAUCUAACAAGAUAUGUGAGCUUUGCUUGUGGAGCAUUUACUAGUUGCCAGCCACCCAUCCCCUAAUAAGCUGCUAUGCUAUGGGCUUUUUUCUUCAGCCUCUCUGGUUUCUUUCAUUCUGUGCAAAAGACCUAACCUAACAACUAUGCUUCUGGUAUCAAGUAUAAAAGAAAUAUGCAGCAGAAAUACUGGCAAAAAUGAUGGCUGCAUAUUGUUGUGGAAACCAGGCAGCAAGACUAAAAAGGUAAUCCUCCACACACACGGGACAAGAACAAUGCAGGGAGUGCAAACAUCACAAAUGGCCAUCCAGCUGGUGUGAAAGGUUUUGAUUGUUUAUUGAUAUUUAUGUCUUGUUUUAUAAAACAAAACCCGUCUCAAUGUGAAACAGCCAAAACAGAAGUAGCACUUCUUAAACAGGGACUAUUUUUAAGAUUAAAGGCCAGACAGAAAAUACACACAGUAUCCCCAACAGGGUGGUUUUUAGACAAGCCUCUUAUAAAGUGGAUAGGAUCAGUGAGCUUUAUUGGGUUGAAUGGCCAGUUCUUGUCUAGAUUUUUCUAAUGUUUUAAUUUAUUCCAGUCAGAGGAAAGCAUGUCAGAAUAUUCUUGCAGAAUUCAAGAAUGUGUAGGUUAACAAACUUUUAGGGAUUAGGGAAAUUGACUUUUUGAUUUUUAAUCGACAUGACAACCAAGCAAAAACUCACAUCCUCUUAUGUUUAAAGUUUCUUGAAAGAUGACGCCAUCUUUAGUAAUUUUACUAGAACUAGACAAUGUCUGGCAGUAAGGGCUAAAUGACAGCCUCCCUAUAUUAUGUUCAUCUAUUAUAUGCAGCAUUCAGCAGCUGACUUUCUUCCAUUUUUUGCAGCUUUUGCACCAGCCUUUAAUUUGGGGAAGUGGCAUAUGGAGGACUGCAUAUUGUUUUCUAAAGUAGUCAAAUAGUUGAACUCAGUAAAUGCAGGUUAGGUGAACUACUGAUCCUAAAUUGGCCUUAGUGUGUGCUUGUGUCUGGGUGUCCUGUGAUGGACUGGUGCCCUGUGCAGGGUUUCUUCCCCGCCAUUGUGCCCUAUGGUAAUGGGAUAGGCUCCAGCAGACCCCCGUAACCCUGUUCAGGACAAAGCGGGUUAGGAAAUGACUGACUAACUUUACUGAUCUAGCCCCUGGAUUAAUCUUUAUGUUCUAUAUUGCAUUUCGGUACAGACCCCAUUCUAAAACACUGCCGUUCCAGGGGAGCUAUGAAGAAAUACAUACAGUAUAUGUACUUACAAGUGGAAGGCAUGUAGAUAAUAUACCUUGAUUGUAGAUUGUCAAGCAGUAAUAAUAAGCUCUGCUAUGUUUCAGCUGCUGCAUCAGUAUCAUGGAGCUUCUACUGAGAAUCUGGAAGGCAUUUUAUCACAAGGGUUCCACAUUACACAACUCAAAUUUGCAAGCAAUUAGUGAAAGCAGCUGUUUUACUUUUCAUGUACAGAAUCUUCAUUUUCAUUAAAUUUGUUCAGAUUCAAAUACACAAGUUUUGCCUUUCUGACAAGUGUGAAUUACAUUGGAUAUUUCAAUAUCAUAGAACUGUAUUGGCCUAUGGGAUAGAGGUUUCCUUUUCUCAAAAUGCUACAUCAAAGCAGCAUAAUUUCAGUGAAAAAAAUACUUGCAAUAAGCUUUUACAAGUUUAAUAAAACAGAAUUGUAAAAGUCAAUUGGGAAGUGAAUACACUCAUGUAAAUGUGGAAUACAUUAGAGUUCCUCGCAAGCCAGUGAAGAUUUAAGAGGCACCUAAGAAUAAAAAAGGAUAAAAUAUAAAAUGUGUACAUGCCAAAAAGCAAUGUACAACAACUUAACUGAGGGUUUAGAGAAAUGUAUAAAAAAGUUAAGUAUAUAGAAUACAGUGAAGAAGAAAAAAAAGUUUUAAGUAGCCUCAAAGUGCAAUGCAAAGCUUGUUCUGAAUCUGUCUGCCUUUCUUACUAUUCAUUAGUCUUUAAACUCCUGAAUGACUUUAAUCUUAAAGUGUGCAUAGACUAUCAUUUUUUUUUUUUGUGUGCAAAACUUGAAGCACCAAUUUUCACUGCAAUACAUUUAAUGGAUUGGAUUAAAGCUUACUACUAAAAAUCAAACUUGAAAUAAAAACAUUAUACCUCAUUCAUAUAGCAAUCUCAAAUAUGACAAUUAUUAUUACUGGGCUCAACAAUUUCUUUAAAGCCAAAGCUGUUAAACAGAAGCCCAAACAACUAAUUUGGCUGUAUAAAAUUUCAGUUUGAACCACUACAUCUGUAUAGCUACAGUAAUUAUGUAAAGUCAGUAAUUUCUCAGAUAAUCACACAAGAUGUAGCAGCAUAAAGCAAUGCAUCAUUUGUGUGAUAUUGUCACUGCAUUUUGUUUCAAAAAAUUUUAGAAAGCUACCAUUUCUCUCCUAGUGAUACGUUAAAUCGUCCAGCUGUCCCAAAAAGCUAUUUCUUUAAGGCCCUUGUGUGAAGGUCCUGCAAUAACCCUUAAGAAAGAUUUCACUUCACGAAUUGCAAUUGUGAUGUAAUAGCCGGUACUAAAUCUUAGCCUUAUUAAGCCAGCUUGGAUGUAUAUUUUUUCAUUGUUCUUAUUAUUAAUUACUGCAUUUUCAGUAUAUUAAUUAGUAACCUAUUAGCAAAUUACACUUUGAUCAGUGCUCAUGAAUGUUUGAGGUGCUUGUUUGUUAAAAGUAGGCCAGUACUAUUCUACAUGCUUAGCAAUUAGUGAAAUAUACAAUAAAGGCUAAAGCCUAAGGAUAACCAUGUUUUCAAUGUGCAUUUAUCCGCAGAGUGCUUUUCAUGUUCACUGCCUGAUUAACAAGGGAAUGGGAAACAUUUGGUUGUGAGGCAAGGAAGAAUGUCUUUAAAUUACCCUUGAUGUUGCACAUGCCCUAGGCAAACCCAUGGUGUAGUCUACCUCAUCCUCCCACCUGGUGCUUUAGGCAGUUAGCUGCAUUAUCAUGAUAAACACAAUCUGCUUGUCACCAUUAGCAAAGAGAACAUCACUCCAGUUGCAUUUUGCCCAAACUGUUGAAAAGCACUUGUCACACUUAAAAAUUCUCAAAAAGAUAGCAUAUUCUUGUAUUAGCAACGUGCAGUUUAUGCAAGGAUUACAUGUUUUCAGACUACUGGUGUUAUACCUUAACAGAACUCAAGUUCCCACUCCUUGCUGCCUUUGAUACUGGCACAUCUACAGUGCAUCCUCUAAUGACUACAUGAACACUUGGUGUAUUGUGAAAGAUACAAUGCAGUACAACAUUCAGCAGUUACUAGCAUUCUUGAUGAUUAUCUUGGUUAUGCUUUUUAACUACAGAUGUCAUUAAGAAGUUAUUUGUUGCCCUAGUCUUUCUAGAGAUAACACUGCACUUCUUUCAGUUCAGAUUUUGUUUGCUUCUUACAGUCACCAAAUUUAUAAGGGAAACUUCUCUUAAAAAUCAAUGUUGCUCAUACUGUAUCUAUUGUAACUACUACAGGGUGAGUGUAUUAUUAAGCUCUCUUAUUUAAUAUUGAUAUGUAAUUGUGUCUUAUUUUAUUUUAUUAAAAGUUAUGUUUUGCAUAAAGAAA